AUGUUUUUAUAUGAAAGUAAAUGUAUUUAAAGUUGCCCAGAGGGUUUUAAGGAAAAUCUUUGGACAAGAAAUUGCGAAAAAAUAAAUCCAUCGUUUUUUUAUAAAGGAUUAAAUAUAUCGUAAAUAACAAAUGAGUUGUAAUUGUAAUAAAUAUUAAGUUUGAUUUAAGAAAAUGAUUAUAUUAAUUAAGAAAAAGUUUAUUUUUGUUAAUCAAAAAAAGAUUAUUUUGUGGGAUUUUUUAGCAGCUUUUUCUAAAUAUAGUUUUAAAUUGUUUUACCUUAAGUUUAGCAUUUUGGUUAUAUUUAAUUCGAAAUUGUCUUUUCAUCAUAAAAUAUCCUUUUAGAAAUUUUAGAUUAAUAAAACAUUGUUUUAGGUUAAAAAAAUUUAAUAAAUCCUUCGUAAGAGUUAGAUUGUGGAAAUCCUCAGACAAUUGAUUUUAGUUUUCCUUAUUAAUAAACAAAUAGCGAGUAGUUAUUUCGAUUUAUAGUGAAAACAAAUAAUAAUUCUUUUGCUGUAAGAAAUUUAACUAUAUAAUUUUCCCCAUGCCAUUCUUCAUGUUUAACAUGUAUAGGUGAGAAAUAAAACCAAUGUUUAACUUGUAUAUAACGCGCAUAUUUACAAUUAGACAAUACUUGUAAAUGUGAAAGUCAAUUCGAAGGUUUUCCAACUUCUAUAAAUGAAAUUUUUUGCAAAGUAUGUUAUUCUCCAUGCAGUAAAUGCUUUAGGGCAGAUACUUAAUCAUGCUUGGAAUGUAUUCCAUCUUUUUUUUUAUAUUAAAAUACUUGCAUUCCAGUUUGUCCUUUAAAUAUUACGGUUCCUCUUUCAGGCAUAUGCCUUCCUUGUCCUUAGUUUUGUUCUACUUGUGAUUUAAAUUUUAAAUGUAUUAGUUGUAUCCCAAAUUAUCUUAUUUAGGAUAAGAUUUGUGUUUAAAAAUGUUCUAUAUCAUAUAUUUAGUAAAAUUAAGUAUGUAUUCCCUGUUCUGAUAAUUGCCUUACAUGCUAAAAUACAAUAAUUAAUUGUACUUCCUGCAAUUUAAGCUAUUUCUUAAAUGAAUAAACAUAAGUUUGUAUCCCUUGUGAUGAUUUAUGUAUUGAAUGCUUCGGAAUUUCAUCAAGAGAAUGCUCCAAAUGUAGCACUGGCGCCAUUUUUAUUCCUUAAUUUUCUCUUUGUACUGUAGAUUGCUCUGAAUUAGAAGGAUACUUUUUCAUCGAAAAUUCUUGCUAACCUUGCUAUCCGAAAUGUAAAACUUGUAUAAGUUAAAAAUAGGAAGAUUGCUUAGAAUGUAUUAAAGGAUAUACUUUGUAAGAUAUUUUUUGUGUAGAAUGCUUUGAUAAUUAAUGUUCUAGUUGUUUCAGUUCAAGCCCUACAUAAUGUAAUUCAUGUAAUAAAGGUUUUUAUUUAUAAAUAAAUACUUGCAUAUAAUGCCCGUAAAACUGUAUGGAAUGCUACCAAAUUUCUUUAUAAGUCCGCUGUUUAUAAUGUUCGGAAAAUUAUUUUCUCCAAAAUUUUAUUUGUGUAAAUUAAUGUGUAUCUCCUUUAAAUAAUUAAGGCUAUUAUGCUAAUUCUUCGAAUAGAUCAUGUGAAUUAUGUAAUGAUAAAUGUGCUGAAUGUUCUGGUUCAUCCGAAAUGGAGUGCUUAAAUUGCAAAACAGAUUUUGUAUACUUUUCAUUAGGUUAAUGUUUGACCUGCAUAAAUAAUUGCCUAUAAUGUCUUUCAAGUACUGAUUGUAUAUCUUGUUUAGAAGGAUUUGUUCUUUCUCUAUAAAAAUAAUGCUAAAGAGAAUGCCCUUAAGGUCAAUAUUUACCCACAAAUACCUCAAAAUGUGAGUUAUGCAGCUCAGCAUGUAGUGUAUGUACAGAUAAAACAACAAAUUCAUGUUCAUAAUGUCAAUCUGGCUUUUAUUUAGAAAAACUUCCUGUUUGGAUUGCUCAUAAGGCUGCUUAGCAUUGUUUUUCAGAAUGUCCUUCAGGUUUUUACUUCCAAGAUUAGACAUGUGUUUUGUGCCCUAAAUAAUGUAUGAAAUGUAUUUCUGCUAUAAACUGUAAUGAAUGUGCUUCUGGCUAUUUUUUAUUAGGUAGCAUUUGCCUUGUUUGUGAUAUACAAUGCAUUAGUUGUAAAGGAUUAGGUCCUCUUUAAUGCUUGAAAUGUAAUUUUGAUAAAUACUAGCAUAAUAAUGAGUGCAUUUUAGCAUGCCCACAUGGAUUUUAUUCUGAUUUAUAGAAAAUUUGCUUGUAAUGUCCUUUUCCAUGUUCUCGUUGUAGUUUUAAUAAAAAUACUGAAUAGCCUUUUUGCACUGAAUGUGUUAUUGGAUUUUUAUAUGACCUAGAAAACCUAUAAUGUAUUUCUUGUGAUCCUAAAUGUGCUUAAUGUGAAGACUAAACAGAUUCAAACUGCCAAGAGUGUACAGAAAAUUAUUUUUUGAACAAUACUACAUGCUUAUAAGAAUGUCCUCCUGGAAAAUACGCUAACAUUGAAUUAAAAAUAUGCUUACCAUGUUCUCCUUAAUGUAAAGAAUGCUCCCUUUCAGCUAUAAACUGGCAAUUAAUGUUAAUAAUCAUGUCAAGAAGGCUUUUAUAUUGA